UUCACCCUCCUAAUAAUCUCUUCCAUCGACAAUCACCAUAUAGCGAAUCUCUUUUCAUCAAGCCAUCAACUUCAGUAUCAAAAUAACUAUGAAUUCAUUCCACCGUGAGCAUCCCGACGAGCUCCACACCCCCAGCUGGCAUGCAGCAAGCAACCGCCCCAUUGUGGACGGCAAAUUCAACGAUCCUGAGACCGGUGAAGUCCGUGAUGCUGGAGGCUUAGUGUUCUCCGGACCCCCAGCGGUCGAUAUCAUCAUCACAAAUAUUCACGAGGUCUCGACCAACGACAUCUUUCGCGCUCAGCUCCCUUUUCGUAUGGAGAAGCUGCUGGCGUGGAUUCUGCGGGUAGUUGGGGAACGCAAGCUCCAGCUUGAUUCUCUUAAUGCCACCCCGUACGCUAUUCGGGUGGUGCUUGCUCAUGAAUUGAAUGAGGGGCAAUUUCGUGAAAUUGCUCAUGAGAUGGCGAACGGGAUUUGGGGGCAGCAGUAGUGAAGGGUGCUGUAGGGUGGUGAGACCGGGAUGGAUGGGGUCGAGAACGCUCAUUUGCUUUUUGCGGGGUGAGACCCGUAAUAUGGGGCAAAGGGUAUUGCUUUGUUAGGUUCUUAUCAUCCGGGCUAGACUGUCAGAUUGGAAGCUCGACCGGCAUGGGGUUGUCUGAAGGAUCCAUGCUGUGUAACCUACGUUUCGAUAGUCUGAGACUUUAACGAAGCAUACUGCCUUAUACGAGGUUUCAUCACAGUAGCUAGUUUAGCACGUUGUCUCUACAACAUUAUUAUUUAGGCAACCAGUUUCGGUGCAUUCAAUGUGGCGUGCAUGAGAUUCCGGCACGGGUGGACUCGGACAAUCUGAGGGCAAAGAGCACUCAUGAUUCCCUCAGAAGUGAAAGUACACCCCUUACUCUAUC